UAAGUAUGUUGGUUCGAGCAAUUGCAAGCGCUCAGGUCGGCGCCCAACGACUAUGAAUAUACAUACCGUUAGGGCCGUAAUCCCAUCUAGUGUGCCACUCAAGUCUCAUGAUACACGGCUAGUCCAGCAGGAACUAUGGGCAUGCCAGGCCGACACGACUUUCAUCCCCUUAUAAACAUACAGAAUCUACCUGAUGAGGUUCUUUUCAUCAUCCUCAAGUUCGCCGACGUGCUGGAUGUGGUGGUUUUGUACAAGGUGUCAAAAUUAUUCCACAGGCUUUUGCACGAUGAAUGGUAUUGGAGAACAUCAUACAAAGAAAAGCGCAUACCUCGUCCCCCUGGUCCAUUUGAAGGACAGUCAACAACGUAUCUUCAGGAAAUCCUUGUACGAAGCGCCAGAGUGCAGCACAACUGGCCGCCAUUCGUACGGUUAUCGAAUCCGACUUCUCGAGUCACAUUAAAGUCUACGAAGCAGAACCUCAGCAUUAUUCAUGGACGACUCAGUAUUAUCCAUGGACGAUGGCUAAUCACAGGGGAUCCUCCCCUUCUAUUAUGCUAUGACACUUGUAGCAGCGACCCUGAUUGGGUCUCCUCACCCCGUAUAUUCUACCAGCCACACCUGCAAGCGAAUUUCUUCCGCUGUUUUUCGACGAUCGCGGAAGACGGACAAGAGCUGAUUUUCGCUGUCAGUGAGACACAGGUCGGAGCUGCUCGGCGCAAGCUCAACGUGUUUACAAUCGCGAUAGAUCCUGACCAUGGACCAUUCAUCUCUAGUCAUGUUUUCACGCUUGAUGUGCGCCCUCAUUACUCAGGAGUCUGGACUGUCACUACAGGUCCUCGCCUUCUAGUCAUUUCUGCCAAGGGUCCGGAGCAGGAUGAUCCUCCCGUUAUCUUGGAUGUCAAGACAUUCCAGAGAUUUAAUGCUGCAACACCUCCACUUCCUCGAGGUCACCUCGGGAUGUUCACCUCUUUCAUCUCUACUUCGUCGCAUUUACUUGUGGCACGCCUCCUCAAUGGACUGGAGACCUUGCUGCAAGUAUUUCCUCUCUCCCAAACGGAAUCAGAAUGGAGCACUGAUGUCGUAUGGGUAUUGCAUCCCUCACAUGUCAUGAGAACUCACGAACUCAGAUUUCGUACGUGGCACGUCUUAAGAGGACCCAAGCACGAGACCUUGACAGGUGGGACACGUAUGACCCUGAUGUUGAGUCUCCUCGCGCCAGCUUCGAGCGACGUAGCGUCGCUCAACAUCGUUCAACUCCUGCUGGACACAAGAGGCGGUGUAUCAUUCACGUCAGAGAAGCUGUGGACUUUACCACACGAUGCUACAAUACUUGCAGAUUCCUCGCAUGACGGCUGCAUUCGGGGGUUGGUUUGCAGCAGAAACGGGAGGCAGUUCAUGCCGUUCAUGAUUGACGACCAGGACAAAAACAGCACAGGCUAUGGGCAAUUCAACGACCUCAUCAACAACCCCCUGUCUUUCAGGCCAGACCCAGUUUUAUUUGAUGGGUACAGAGGUGUUUUGUGUUCAGCGGUAGUGACGGAGAAGGGACAUGGUGUCAUUGAAGUUGUACGUUUCGCUUAAAUUGAGGAUCCCUACACUAUUGUUGCCACAAUCCUGCAGCUCGCUACUUCGUAUCCAUUGAUCACUCUGGGGGAAUCUACGGCUUAAUAUGGUCGCUGAAAUAACAUAUCUCGUAAAUAUAUCAUGUUCUCAUGCUUUGCAUCAAUCAACGAG